CCUGAAGCUCAGGCACUCCAGGGCUGCACACUGACCACAAGGCUUGCUGCCUGCUGAUCAGGAUUCCAGAAACAAGAUUGGCUAUAAGGACAAAAGGACAAGAAGCUCUCCUCUGGAGUUCUCAGAAAAGAUGGGGAGAUUCCAUUUCUUUGCGCUUCUGUUGAGCGGAGUCUUAAUCUCUGGAGUCCUCAGCUUUCAAUCCACAAAUUUUUCAAUAGACUGUGAAACUAUGUCAACAAACCUAACUAAACCAGAGGAAUCUGCAUCACCCUAUCACCUUUUGGUAUCAUCUGAGGAAUAUAACCCAGGAAGUGAAGUUGAAGUGGAUCUGGAAGGAACGUCAAAUGCUGGAUUCAAAUGGUUCAUGCUACAAGCUCGAGACAUUGAAAAAAAUGUCCCUAUUGGCUCGUUUCUAACCAUAGACCCCAAUACACAGAACUAUGACUGUUACAAUUUGCUGAAUUCAACUUUAAUCCACAAGAGCUCUGAUGAGAAAUAUAAUGUUACAUCUGUCUGGAUUUCACCAGAAGCUAAGAAGGUUCAGUUUGUAGCAACUGUUUUUCAAGAUCCGGAAAGAUACUGGGUUGUUAUAUCCGACAAAAUCCUCUUCCCCAGAGGUUCCAAUGUAACAGGAAAUGAUAACAAAGCAGCUGAUGUGGCCAAAGAAGCCAGUGGAUCACCAAGAAGUAGGAAGAAGUCUUCUAACAUUAUUGUAAGAGUAAACUGUGGCCAGGGUGGUUCUUAUGGAAGGGGCAGUGAAUGUGCCCAGGGUUCCAUAUCUUCCUCACAGAGUAGUAGCAGUCAUUCACAGGGAGGCUUAAUCUACCAAGGGGGAAGCAUCAAAAAGGUUGGAUGCCUUGGUGGUGGAACUGCAAGUGUCUACAACAAAUAUGGUUGUGGUGAUGGAGGCAUAGACACUAGUGGCGGCAGCAGUUAUGGGCAGUCUGUUUCAACUAUUUCAGAUAAAGGGAAGGUCGUAGUAUAUCCUCCUACGAAGCCUUUCCCACCUGAACGUGAAACAUAUACAUCGCAACUUGCCAACUCCCACUACAAGCAUAUUCAGAGCACUAAUUACGGUGAAAAGAUCCAGAGCCAGGGUUCAAAUCCUGAAAGUGACAUCCGUAUUACAAUUCAGAGUGGACAACCUAUGAAAGUUUGUGAUAAGACCUCUUCUUCCUACAACAGCCAAGCCUGCAAAUUGACUAUACAGUCUUCUUCAUCUCAGAGUGGUGGCUCUUCUGUCUCUCAGGGUGAAACAAUUAUAGUUGGUGGUGGUAGACCUUCUACUUCAGUUGGCGGCAGUGGAACUUCAAUUAUAGUUAGUGAAGGUAGACCUUCUUCGGUUGGCAGUAGUGGAACCUCGAUUAUAGUUGGUGGUGGGAGGCCCUCUACUGGUUCAUCAUCUACAUUUGGCAGCAGUGGAUCUAUUGUAUCAUCUGGCAGUAAUCCUUGUGGUCAGGGAAAUAUCCCUGGCAAGAAUCCUUGUAAACCGGCUGGAUCAUCAUCUCAGCAAGGUUUUGGAAGUAGCCAGAGUGGUUCAUCCCAGCAAGGUUAUGGUUCCCAGGGUGGUUCCUAUUCUCAAGGGAACAGAAAUCCUUGUGAUGGGAGCACUAUUGGUAAAAUAAUCAGCAGUAGCAACUGUCCAAAGUGGGUAUCAAGUGGAUCCUAUGGUGGCAGCAGCGGCAGCAGCGGCAGCCAAUAUGGACAGAGUGGAUCCUAUGGCAGCAGCAGCAGCCAAUAUGGACAGAGUGGAUCAUAUGGCGGCGGCAGCCAGUAUGGACAGAGUGGAUCCUAUGGGAGCAGCAAUCAAUAUGGACAGGCUGGACAGAGCGGAUCCUAUGGGAGCAGCAGCCAAUAUGGACAGACUGGACAGAGUGGAUCCUAUGGGAGCAGCAGCCAUUAUGGACAGAGUGGAUCCUAUGGGAGCAGCAGCCAAUAUGGACAGGCUGGGCAGAGCGGAUCCUAUGGGAGCAGCAGUCAAUAUGGACAGGGCUCCCAAACAAGUGGAGGCUCCAACAUUAAGGGCUGUGGUGAAAACCCAAGAAACUGUAGACGCAAAAGGGCUGCAUCAGCUUCAAAUAUACUUAAGACAUUGAUCAAUAAGAUUCGGGGGAAAAGGAAUGAACCCUUUAAUUCAGAACAAAGGUAUACCAAUGACCAGGAUAGUACCCUUUCGGAUGAUAGAAACAAUCAUCCACAGAGACAAUGUAUAUGUCCUAAUACACAGAAUGAACAAGUUGGAUUAGAUGGAGGCAGCAGCCAAUCUGAACAGGGUGGAUAUGGUGGAUCAUAUGAUGGCAACCAAUAUGGACAGAGUGGACAAUAUGGAGGCAGCAACCAGUUUGGACAGGGAGGAUCAUAUGGUGGCAGUAGCAGCCAGGGAGGGUCGCAUAGCAGUGGCGGCAGUGGCGGCGUUGUGAAGCUUGGAAAUGGUGAUCACAUGACCACAGGACUCUGCAUCAGUUGUAAAUGUGCACAGGUUGCAAAGUGCCUGAAUGGCAAUUCCAUUGACACUCUGAGGGCUGGAGGAUCAUAUAGCAACAGCAGCAGCAGCAGCAGCCAUUAUGGCAGCCAGGGAGGAUCAUAUAGCAGCAGUAGCAGCAGUAGCGGCAGCAGUCAUUAUGACAAUCAGGGUGAAUCUUACAACAGCAGCAGCCAAAAUGGAAAGCAAAUUGGAUGUUAUUGUACAGGUGGGCUUUUGGAUUCCUCUAAUCAUGGACAAAGCAGCCAAUAUGGUGAUGGACAAGAUUCCCAAUCAGCUAGUGGCCAAUAUGGUCAUGGAGAAGGAAGCUUGAAUGGGGACACCAGCAAAUAUGUUGAACAUGGUGGCAGUAGCCAAUAUGAUGGACAAGGAAGCCAGCAGCAUGGCCAUAGCCAAUAUAGUGGUGGACAAGGAAGCUCCUAUAGCAGCAACAGUCAAUAUGGUGGCAGACAAGGAAGCCAAUAUGGUGAUGGACAAGGAAGCUCAUAUGGUGGCAGUAGCCAAUAUGGUGAACAAGGAAGCCAGGCUGGAGCUGGACAAGGUGUCUCAUAUAGCAGCAUCAGCCAAUAUGAUGGACAAGGAAGCCAGUAUGACGGUGGACAAGGUUCCCAGCAUGGAAGUACUCAGUUUGCUGGUAAUGGAAGAGGCAAGCAACAGAGUGGACAAGCUUUUCAGAGCCAUCAAUCUCAUAACUCUAGUGCUGUUGGAAAGCAGCCCGUCUUAGGUCUGGUGCUUUUCAGCAUUCUGAGUGCCUUUGCUGUCCUUUCUUCAAGUGCAUCUAAAUGGAUUAUAUGAACUUUUGAAAUUUUAUCAAGGAGGUAACACAUUGGGGUCAGGUUUUUUUAGAUGGAUAAGUCAUACAGUAUAUUCCUGUAGUCCCUGACCUCUACAUACACAAGUACUGUUAACAAUAUGCCUCGUUGCAAAUUACUGCUUUAUCUCCUUUUUAUAUAGAUAGGCACUCCUCAUUUAGUGACCAUAAUUAGGACUGGCAACUUAGUCAUUAAACGAAGCAGUUUCUAAGUGAAACCACAAUUCUGCUAUGAACUUACUUCCUUUCCUUUGCUUUACAAAACUGCCAUAACUGUGAAUGGUUGCUAAAUGAGGCAGUUGCUAAACGAGGAUUCUCUGUAUAUUAUGCUCUUUAUCUUUGUUUUUUUUUAAUGUACUAUAUUGUAUUUCAUUGCAAAAAUGACAUUUUGGUUAUGAAAUUAAUUAAUGGAUCAAUUGACUUUGAUCAAAGGCUGCAGUUUACUUAAGACAGUUGAUAUAUUUGAAAAUAACUACACUGAAAAUUAUGUAGAUUGAGAUAGUUCAUUAGUCCCUACCAUUGCAUAAUAUAGUACUGACCCAAAUUUUGACCCAUUUUAAUUAUUGUAUCAUUGAUUAAGGUAUCAGAAAUAAUUAUUCUGAGUACAUUCAUGAAUAAUUAGAUUACAGCUGAAUUCUAAGAUUUUGAAAGGUACACUCUUGCAGCAUUAUCUAAAAGUUUCUUCAUCAUAAAAGGAAAAAAUUAUGGAAAAAUCUAUUAAAAUUUUUUUAAUUUUUUUUAAAUUUUAUUUUUCAUAAACACAUUUACAUGUACAGUCAUUUCUAUCAUUUUUCAUUCAUCUUUUCUUUUAACUUUCAUUAUUAAUUUUUAAAAAUAGAUAGAAAAUAUAUAAAAAAUUUGAAGGAAUACUAUAAAAAUCAAGUAUAUUCUACUCUUAAUAAAUAUGUGAACCUAGAUAGCAGGAAUCUUCUGCAACUGUUUUCUUUGCUUCAAUCAUGUUAAUCAAUAUAAAUUCAAGGCAACAAUAACAUCUAUAUACUAUUAAAACUCUCAGGUUUGUAACCUUUUACUGGACAAAAUGCUGCACCAUUUUAGGGCAAAACAUUUUGAACCUCAACUAGUACUCCAAAUAGACUAACUUGCCAAAUGCAUCCAAAAUCUAGAACCCAUGACUCCUGUGGAAAUGAAAUUUGGCAAAAGUUAUAAAACAUUUUAUGACAUAAAAAUAUCAUACAUUUUAUGAUACAAUACAAAUUAUCAUAUUUCCCGUGGUGAGCUCCUGAUGGUUGACUGUGCUAUGCAGAUACAACUCUGAAUAGCUCCCUGAAUUUUUAAAAAACUUUUCUAGUGAAGGCAGUACAUUAGAAGUAAUGCCAUUAUUGAAGGCAAUGAGGAAUUUGGUGAAGAAAUAUCUCUGAAACGAUAACUCAAUGGGCCACAGGCUGAUUAGUUAGAAUAUGGUCCACAGAGAGGUGUGUCAAAAAUAAUCAAGAUGACUGGUGCAACCAUACAAUUGUGAUGGUUGUUAAAAUGGAUUAUGGUUUCAAUUUUGUGAGUCAUAGCCAUCAUCUUGGUCCCCCCCCCUCACUGUUUAUUUGGAUAUUUCUUGCCCAAUCAACCCUUUGAAAGCAAACAAAACUAAUAAAGUCACAUCUGUUUUGUUGCAACAUCAUAGAACUCUUUGAGUAAUGUAAUAUUGAGUAAUAUUCACCCUACUUCAAGAGGCUGUUUGGGAUCUCAUAUUCUAAAGAUCUUGGGUUCAGAUAAUUUGAAAAAAAAAAUGCUUUUAAUCUAUUAUUCCCCCGCUCACAUGCUCCUUGGGGUCAUCUGAGAACAUUUGCUAAAUUUGCCAUGGGCUCACCUUCUGAUGGCUCAGAGUCAAACUUCUUUGUAGGUAACUCCAGUCCUGUGGGAUCCCCUCCCUGCUAAACUGGCAGGUCUACGGUUUUUGCUGGCAUUUUCAAAGGCCCUACAAGCAUGAUUUUUAGGUAAAAUUAAUUAUUUUUAAUCAUUUUAAAUAUCUCAGCCUUUGAUGUUUGCAUUCUUUUGUAUGCUGCCAAGAGAUCUUGUUGACUACCAUAUAGAGUUUAAUAAAUAAAUAAAUGAACCCAAGAUACAUUCUUUAAGAGGCCUUCAAAGAAGGAAACGGGAAGUCAAUUCUAAAAAAACGCAAUUCUUUUUUAAAAAAUAUUUUUUAGAACAGUAAUACCAUUCUUUCCACUAUCCUGUACUUUUUGUUAUCAGAAUUAUUGAGCUGGAAGACGUAAGCCAAACAAUACAUAUUAACAGCAGUUUAAGAACAAUAUAGAGCCUACUUGCAUAGGCUUUGUAAGAGUAUAUUUCCAAAGAGAAAUAAUGUACAGAUGCCAAAUGCAAUGAUGAUAAUCUAAAUCAAAUAACUUGUGUUGCCUUUUACAUAAACCCAAUAAUAUAGUUUUCUGCAAUAGCUCAGUAUGCUUGUAUUUGCAUAAGGCUAUUUUAUAGGGAUGAACCAUGAAACAUAUUUUAUAAGGAUGAUAAUUUGUGAAUGAUCUAAGUGUGGUUAGAUGAGAAGGGAUGGGAUGGGCUGCAAUCCCUCUUGUUUUCAAGCAGAUUUGUCAUGCUAUUUCUGUUCAGAUAGCCAUAAUUAAGCUUCAGCUAACCAUCUUAAAACUCCCCCCCCCACUUUAAGCAUUGACUGUUAGACUAUAGAACCAUAACAGAGUAUUUUAUAGUGUCAUUGUUACUCACACCACAAAGACCCUGAGUUGAAACAGUAAAUUGCUAAACGACUCCUAAAAUUCUUAAUGUAUAAACAGGAAUUGUCAGGGCAUUUUAAAAGUAUAAUUUCGAAGGUUCAGUCUACAAAAUGACAUGAAAGCUCAGUGGAUGUUUAGCAUUCAAAUCCUAACUGUAUUUAGAAACAAUUGGCAUGCAGGAAUGUUCUCCUCCUCCUCCUCCUCUUCUUCAUCCCACCUUUAUAACAUGCUAAUGCUUCUGCCUCCUUUUUAUAUAUGUACAUCAAAGGGUCAAAGGUUGUGCAACAGCAAGUUUACAUAUAUAAAAACUGUCAUUGUAUGCUUGUGAAUAUAUUCUGGGCAUUUGAAAUAAUAAAGCAUAAUAUCAAUA